CUCUGUUUAUUUACGAGACUCGCUGCCAAAUUAAAUCCCACCUGCAACAUUUUUAAUGGUUUCUCUGUGCUCUUAAGAGAUGUCUUACCAAAUCCAAUGUGAAGAGAGAGAACUGAUAUAAUAGUCACUGGUGAAUACGCAUGCUUGUACUGAUUAUAUUGACAUACUUAAGAAGCUGGAUAAGAAUAAAUGGCUUCACUUUGGGAUCAUAAUGCUGCAGAAAAAUGAAAGAGCAUAGUCAAAACUUGCACUGGAGAAGUCUGUCACUGGCCAGUUGUCGAAAAUGGACUGUGGGACUUUGGGGGCCAAGGCCACGCUGCUUCCAGAAGAGGCGUCUGCCUCUACUUAGAAGAAGGAAGCAAAGCAGUCAGCCAGCUUUCAAUACAAAACAAACUAAACCCUACAGGAGGAGGUCUCUUCUGCAGCAGAGAAGUUGGACUCCUGAUGUGUUCUUCAAUAUAAAUCUGCCAUUUGGAUUUAUUCAGGACUGCACAUGUCCUCAAAAUAGAUUCAAAACCCCUUUCUCCAGGUGUGGAAGGCUCCGUUCAGGGUGCAGGGGGCUUCACAGCACAACUUGCCAGAGUGAGCUGCUGGCUAAAUACAUUGGCUUAGGGGUUGACUCAAAGGUUUGUCAAGACAAGCCAUACAGCCCCGAGGCCAGCAUUACUAGUUUGUCGCGUAAAAGGGACAGUCUUGUUUUGAAAAGGAGAGGCCGUAAUCAUGAUGGAAAACAAAAUGAAAUCAUAAUUCUAAAUAACUCUACGAGAAAAUAUUGUUGCCGACGACUGAAGCAACAUGGAACUUGCGGCCUCUUGAUUGCCCGACGGCCUAAAUUCAACCAGUGUACUUUUAAAAGAUUCCUAUUUAUGAUGCAUAAAAAACUUUCUCUGGUUCAGUUUCGAAUUAGAAUUGCGAAAUCUCUUCCCAGGCUUCGGAGAGGCAAAUCGUGUAAAUUAAACAAAAGCAAGCUGAGCUGGGCGGCGAAAGUAACAAGGGAUUGGCAAGAGGCUCAGCAGGCAGAGGCCUUCGCAGAGGAUCACAGGGCCUCGCUUCCUUCACGGGAAUCCAAGCGUAACUUUCCUUGGGAUCUGUUCUGCUUCUCAGAUAUGAACAGUAACAUGCCAGGACCACUUAUUGAGGAGACUCAAACGUGUCGGCCUGACGCUUGCCUUACGCAGGAGAGACUCUUUCAUUGUAGGCAGCUCCAUUACAAAAACUUGGCGCCCCGAGAUCAAAAUGGUAUCGCGGAAAGCUGCCUGCUUCCGGAGUUGCAGAAAAUUCCUUCUUCAGGGACGGAGGCCCUGCCCAGGGCGGACGUGGGAGAGAUUCCAUCCUUGGACGGCUGUCCCGAAGACCUUUUCAUCGUAACGGAAAAAGACAUCUCGGUUUCAGGGCAGGACGAGGACGAAUCCAGCCAGGUGAUGGGUUCCGAUGAGGUGGUCCUGGAGUCCUCCAAGUUGGAUUUGGGCACAAGCGAUGGUUGCACUAACGGACCUGUCAUGGCGUCGGUCCAGAACGAAGACUGCCGUAGUCAGAUGGAAGUGGAAGGGCCUAUCAACACGGACGUCUUUGGCACAGGGCUCUUAGAUCACCUGUACUGUAAGAGCCCUCUGGAAGAGCCCCUGAGGGGAGGAAGCACAGGACAGAAAUCAGGGACUCCCAAAGGUGGCAAAAGGAGCAGUCAGAAAAUGUCUUGUGUCAAUGAUGAGCAAUUGGCUGCCUGGCUCUGUGGAUUCCUAGAUGAAGUAAUAAAGAAAUACGGCAGCUUAGUUCCACUUUGUGAAAAAGACGUUAUGGGAAGAUUAAAGGAAGUCUUUAAUGAAGAUUUUUCUCAUCGAAAGCCAUUCAUCACUAAAGAAAUAAUGAAGUAUCAGACCAGGCAUCCAAAAUCUCCCACUUGUAAUUUCCGGGUCUUUUAUAAUAAGCACAUGCUGGAUAUGGAUGAUUUGACAACGCUUGAUGGCCAGAACUGGCUAAAUGACCAGAUUAUCAACAUGUAUGGCGAGCUAAUAAUGGAUGCAGUCCCUGAUAAGGUUCAUUUCUUCAACAGCUUUUUCCAUAGACAACUGGUAACCAAAGGAUAUAAUGGGGUGAAACGAUGGACUAAAAAGGUGGACCUCUUCAAAAAGACCCUCUUAUUAAUUCCUAUUCAUCUGGAAGUCCACUGGUCCUUAAUUACUGUGAAUCUCCCUAACCGGGUUAUUUCAUUUUAUGACUCUCAAGGCAUUCAUUUUAAGUUCUGUGUAGAGAACAUACGGAAAUACUUGCUGACAGAAGCUAAAGAAAAGAAUCGGCCCGAUUUCUUUCAGGAUUGGCAGACGGCUGUUACAAAGUGCAUUCCGCAACAGAAAAAUGACAGUGACUGUGGAGUUUUUGUACUCCAGUACUGCAAGUGCCUCGCCUUAGACCAGUCCUUUCAGUUCUCCCAAGAGGACAUGCCCAGAGUGCGAAAAAGGAUUUACAAGGAACUCUGUGAAUGCCGACUAAUAGACUAAUAGAAAAGAAAAAGAAAAACAGCCCUUGGUAUUUUCUGAAGAGUCCCAGCUGGUAUUUGUGUACUUGAAUUUUCUGAGAAGAAAGAAACUUCCAUGAAUUUCAAACAAGUCUUGGUGGAGUGGUUAUAGCCAACAGAAUUACCUCAAGCAUUUUUUUUUUCUUUCAAUCUGUACCUUUAUCUGGUGGAACCUGCCGCAAAAUAUUCCCAAUGUCAUGGGUUUUUUUCUUCUAAUGUUCUUUCCUGUAUUUAAUAUUUAUUAUCUAACGCAUGCGCAUAGGCAAAGCAUGCGACUAAAAAGCAAAGAGAAGUAUAAAACUGUAGAAUUGGUGCACCUUUGAAAUGUAGCUAGAAGUGACAAGAAUAAUACAGGUUAAACGUUUUUGUCUGAAAACAUGAAACGUGCAUGAUCCAUUUUUCUGAUGCAAUAAUCUUUGAAUGUACAAAAAAAAAAAGGAAAGGAGAAAAAAAUCCCAAUUCCACAAAAAGAAUACCCUGAAUCUAUUUCUUUUU